AUGGUAGCACCAUAUCAAAAUAGUGCAAUUUCUAUAUUUGAAUUUUUCCCCACGAUAGCGGUUAAACAAUUUUGCAACUUUGUCAAAGUCUUCUUUAUCACCAUAUACGUCAACAUCAUGGAAGCAAGUUCAGAGCUUCCAAGGAUUACUAUUGGUAACAUAAACGACUCGAGCUUCUUAGAUGAUAAAUCCCCACAUCCCACACCAGUCAUUCCGCCUCGUUAUCAUCCAUUAAGAUCAACCAGUCUUGUACAUGAUAAGACAAUCAAUGAAUUCUAUUCCAAGCGACAAAUUUCCCUGGGUCCAUAUUUAUAUCCACCUCAACACAACACUCCCCUUGGGCUCACAAGUCCUACUUUUGGUCUUGGCACUGCUGCCGCUGACCCUUAUUUAUGUGUUAACCAAGCUGAACUUUAUCAAGCAUAUCCAGCUCCGUUUCAACCUCCAUUUUACAAUGUCAAGACUCCUAAUGUUCCAACCAGCGGUGGUGCUAGCGAUAAUAUCAACUCACUUAAUCCUAGAAAAGCCCCUAACAUGAAUUUUAGAGAGAAAAUUACUCGGUGGUUGGAAACAAUUUCGGAUACUAACGAAGUAAUCGUCAAUGAUACUUCGUUUUCCAGUUCCAACUCCGACGUUGAUAUCGAUAUUGAAGACUUGGAAGAUCGGUUACAGGCACAAGCUGAGAAAUUGACCCGGUUCGCUACGAGACAAUACCGGUAUGAUUCUGAACCAGUUGCACUUUUCGAAGGUGAGUAUGUUAACGAAGAAGAGGGAAGCGACUAUGCUGAUGAUAGCUACCAAGUUUUAAACUAUUAA